AUGCAAUAUGAGAACGCACGCAUAUGGGCGUGUUUCGAAGUCGGGCUCAUUCCCAACACCAGCCAGAUCGUCUCCUCUUGCGGCGCCCGGGCAUGGUCCGCUAUCAGGGCGUCGGCCGUUCUCGGGGCCAACAAGACCAAGAAGGUCAUGGGUCAUAAAGCCAACUCGUCUGCGCUCGAAGAUAUUUAUGACCACGCUCAGGAAGCUAUCGAUUGGAGAGGCGCGAUGCUAGGAGAGAAAGCUCUGGCCGUCGAUCUACAUCACCAGCCUUUCAUCAGGUUCGAUACUCCUUUCGGCUACCUGCUACCGCGUCCUUCCCUCUAA